GGCUCGGUGGCACUGGGAGCGCGCAGACGCGGCUGGUGGUACGCCGAGCUCGGAGUAGAGGCGCGGGGCGCGCGGUGAGGUGGCUGCGCGGGGUUCGCAGCUGAGGAACGAGGGAAUCAUCGUCCAGGAAUCUCCCAGGGACCACAAGAAAACAUGGGGAGGAUUUUCCUCACUGGAGAAAAAGCCAAUUCAGUACUAAAACGCUACCCAAGAGCAAACGGACUUUUUGAAGAAAUAAGACAGGGCAACAUUGAACGUGAAUGCAAAGAAGAAGUCUGCACAUUCGAGGAAGCAAGAGAAGCUUUUGAAAAUAAUGAAAAAACUAACGAGUUUUGGAACACCUAUACAAAAGCACAACAAGGAGAGAGUAACAGAGGAAGUGACUGGUUUCAAUUUUACCUUACCUUUCCAUUAAUCUUUGGCCUCUUUAUUAUUCUCCUUGUCAUUUUCCUAAUCUGGAGAUGUUUCCUAAGAAACAAAACUCGCAGACAGACAGUGACCGAAAGUCACAUCCCUUUCCCUCAGCACCUUAAUAUUAUUACUCCGCCACCCCCACCAGAUGAAGUGUUUGAUAGCAGUGGAAUGUCUCCAGGCUUUCUGGAAUAUGUAGUUGGGCGUUCAGAUUCUGUCUCCACUCGCCUGUCCAACUGUGAUCCUCCACCAACCUAUGAGGAAGCCACUGGCCAGGUGAACCUUCAGAGGAGUGAAACAGAACCUCAUUUAGACCCACCACCGGAGUAUGAGGACAUCAUCAACUCCCACUCAGCCAAUGCCAUUGCUAUGGUGCCUGUGGUCACCACCAUCAAAUGAAACGGCAAACCUCUUUUUACUAUAAUCGUUUUUAGAAUACUAAUGAAAGAACUUUCUAGCACUUUACCACUACAUAAAUGUGCGUUGACUUAUUUUAUUGGACUCUGACAGCAUACCACUUCACAGUUUCUGAUUUUGAUUUUCAUUUGUUUUAUUUCCUACUAUAAAAUCAUUAUUUGUGCCCAUUUUAGCUAAUGGAAAUAUGUGAAGAGGGGAAACUGUGGAGGUCUUCAUGUGAUGAGUUCUAUGUGUCAUGUGUGUAUACAUAUAUACAUGUGUGUACUUCAGCCCAGCACAUGUGCAACUGUCUUAAAAAGCUAUUAACUUUUGUCUAAAUCAUCUGUAAAAAGAACCUUACUCACCAAAAUUGGAGGGGGGCACCAAUUUGUGUAAAAGAUAGCAAUAGGCUGUUAAGUUUUGAAGAUAAGGUGAACUUAGUAUGUUUUCUAAUUCUUACUGGCUUUUGUUAACUUUUUUCUUCAACUAUCUUAAAAGGAAAAAAAUGCACGUAGUCUGUCUUGAUUUUUGGAACAUCUCGGAAAGACAGGAAGGGCACAGUAAACAGUAACUUGUUUAUUGUGUAUAGCAAGAAAAUUAUUGGUCAUUAAUGGCAUUUGGCUAGUUUUGUAGGAGGGGUUUUUGUUGUUGACUGUCCCACCCCCAAUUAAACAGUGUUUGCUUACUAUCUUUGAAUGUCUCAUGCUAUUUGUAUUAACAUUUUGGUGGAGAGGAUUUCCUGCCACACAAUAAUUUCUAAAGUAAAUAGAGGUAUUAAUGACAAUGAAUAGAUAAAGAUUUCUCCUUUGCUCUUUGGUGACAAUAAUUAUUUUCUUCUUUCUGUUUCAUUGCCUUUUACUCUACUUUCUACUUCCUCUCCUACCACCACAAAAUCUUCAAGCACCUAAG